AUGUUGGUCAAGCGUCGGCGAGAGGCUGACGACGCCCGCAAGGACGCCGAGUACGCUGCCCGUAAAAUGUCCAAGGCCCCAUUAGGCAAGCGCAUCACGGUAUCGAAACGAUCGCGAAAAGUUGACAACAAUGGCCAUGCUCGUCCCACCGCGAGCCCUGAGGAAAACAAGACCCCCCUUAUAGACAAACCAAAUACGAGCGACACUAAACAAGGGGCGACAUCGCUCGUGGGCGACUACUCUAGUGACAGCGAGUGA